AAGGUGUAGCCGCCGCGAGCCCGCAAACCAGGUUGGGGGAGUAGCCGCUCAGUGAGGAAGAGACAGAGGAUUAAGGCUUGUGCCCUCUUACCUCUUCCAGGGCUCCGCUUUAUUUGCUCUCAGAAAUCGGUUUUCUUUUCUGAGAAUCUGAAAUAAACAAGAAAGAACAAUGUCUUCAAUGUGGUCUGAAUAUACAAUCGGUGGAGUGAAGAUUAAUUUUCCUUAUAAAGCUUACCCAUCACAGCUUGCUAUGAUGAAUUCUAUUGUCAGAGGAUUAAACAGUAAACAACAUUGUUUGUUGGAGAGUCCCACAGGAAGUGGAAAAAGCUUAGCUUUACUUUGUUCUGCUUUAGCAUGGCAACAAUCUCUUAGCGGGAAGCCAGAGGAUGAGGGGUUGAGUAAAAAGGCUGAAGAACCAUUGUCAUGUUGUUGUACAUGCCAUUCAAGGAAUUUUGCAAAUGAUGACAUGAACCAGGAAACUUCACAUCAUUUUAACAGUUCAAGUACACCACCUUCUGAAGGAAAUGGUACUUCAUCAGUUUGUCAAGACUCUCCUGAAAAAACCACUCUGGCUGCAAAGUUAUCUGCUAAGAAACAGGCAUCCAUAUACAGAGAUGAAAAUGAUGAUUUUCAAGUAGAGAAGAAAAGAAUUCGACCCUUAGAAACUACACAGCAGAUUAGAAAACGUCAUUGUUUUGAAAAGGAAGGGCACCAUUUGGAUGCAAAAGUUGCUUCUGGAAAGACCAUGGAUCCCAAAUCUCCUUUAGGAAAAAUAAACUUCUUUUCUCCACAAAAUCCCCCUGGCUCCUGUUCUAAGUGCUGUUCUACUAAACAAGGAAAUUGUCAAGAAUCUUCAAAUACCACUAAGAAGGAUCAUGGGGGGAAAUUCAAGAUACCUAAAAUAUAUUUUGGGACACGCACACACAAGCAGAUUGCUCAGAUUACUAAAGAGCUCCGGAGGACAGCAUACUCAGGGGUCCCAAUGACUAUUCUUUCCAGCAGGGAUCAUACUUGUGUUCAUCCUGAAGUAGUCGGCAACUUCAAUAGAAAUGAAAAGUGCAUGGAAUUGCUGGAUGGAAAAAAUGGAAAAUCCUGCUAUUUUUAUCAUGGUGUUCAUAAAGUUAGUAAUCAACACACACUGCAGACUCUCCAAGGGAUGUCUGAAGCCUGGGAUAUAGAGGAACUUGUCAGCCUGGGAAAGAAACUAAAGGCCUGUCCAUACUACAUGGCUCGAGAACUAAUAGAAGAUGCUGACAUAAUAUUUUGUCCCUACAACUAUCUUCUAGAUGCACAAAUAAGAGAAAGUAUGGAUUUAAAUUUGAAAGAACAGAUUGUCAUUUUAGAUGAAGCCCAUAACAUUGAGGACUGUGCUCGGGAAUCAGCAAGUUACAGUGUGACAGAAGUUCAGCUUCGGUUUGCUCGAGAUGAACUAGAUAGUUUGGUUAACAAUAAUAUACGGAAGAAAGACCACGAACCCCUACGAGCUGUGUGCUAUAGCCUCAUUAAUUGGUUAGAAGCAAAUUCUGAACAUCUUAUAGAACGAGAUUAUGAAUCAUCUUGUAAAAUAUGGAGUGGAAAUGAAAUGCUCUUAAAUUUACACAGAAUGGGCAUCACUACUGCUACUUUUCCUAUUUUGCAGGGACAUUUUUCUGCUGUUCUUCAAAAAGAAGAAAAAGUCUCAGCAAUUUAUGGCAAAGAAGAGACAAGAGAAGUACCUAUUAUUAGUGCUUCAACUCAGAUAAUGCUCAAAGGACUUUUUAUGGUGCUUGACUAUCUUUUUAGGCAAAAUAGCAGAUUUGCAGAUGAUUAUAAAAUUGCUAUUCAACAGACUUACUCCUGGAUAAGUGAGACUAAUGUUUCAGAUAAGAAUAUGUUCUUUGCUCUUCCAAAAAAUAAGAAACGUUCACGACAGAAAACUGCAGUGCAUGUGCUAAACUUUUGGUGCUUAAAUCCAGCUGUGGCCUUUUCAGAUAUUAAUGGCAAAGUUCGGACUAUUGUUUUGACAUCCGGUACAUUAUCACCAAUGAAAUCCUUUUCAUCAGAACUUGGUGUAACAUUUACUAUCCAACUGGAGGCUAAUCAUGUCAUUAAAAACUCACAGGUUUGGGUUGGUACCCUUGGGUCAGGCCCCAAGGGUCGGAAUCUCUGUGCUACCUUCCAGCAUACUGAAACAUUUGAGUUCCAAGAUGAAGUGGGAACACUUCUGUUAUCUGUGUGCCAGACUGUGAGCCAAGGAAUUUUGUGUUUCUUGCCAUCUUACAAAUUAUUAGAAAAAUUAAAAGAACGUUGGCUCUCCACUGGCUUGUGGCAUAAUUUGGAGUUGGUGAAGACAGUCAUUGUAGAACCACAGGGAGGAGAAAAAACUAACUUUGAUGAAUUGCUGCAGAUAUACUACGAUGCAAUCAAGUUUAAAGGAGAGAAAGAUGGGGCCCUCCUGGUAGCAGUUUGUCGUGGUAAAGUGAGUGAGGGUCUGGAUUUCUCAGAUGACAACGCCCGUGCUGUCAUAACAAUAGGAAUUCCUUUUCCAAAUGUGAAAGAUCUACAGGUUGAAUUAAAGCGAAAAUACAACGAUCAUCAUUCAAAAUUGAGAGGUCUUUUAUCUGGCCGUCAGUGGUAUGAAAUUCAAGCAUAUAGGGCCUUAAAUCAGGCCCUAGGUAGGUGUAUUCGACACAGGAAUGAUUGGGGAGCUCUUAUUCUGGUGGAUGAUCGCUUCAGGAGUAACCCAAAUCGCUAUAUAUCUGGACUUUCUAAAUGGAUACGACAACAGAUUCAGCACCAUUCAACCUUUGAAAGUGCUCUGGAAUCCUUGACUGAAUUUUCUAAAAAGCACCAAAAGGUCACGAAUGUAUCCAAAAAGGAAGGAAAGUAUAUACAGAACAAUGAGUCUACAUUUGAAGUUACCUGUUUGAAGGACAAUACUCCAACUUACUUAUUGGAAGCAGCAAAUCAUCUAUCACCAGAAAAUACUAGGGAAGAUGAAGCAAAAAUAUGUGUUCGGGAACCACAAAGUCCUGAAAUGAUUACUAAAAAUUCAUAUCUACCAAGCGGCAUCAUUUCCAGAAAGGAGAAAAAUGAUCCAGCAUUCUUAGAAGAAUCUAUCCAAACAAUGAACACAGAAAAAAUUGUGAUUUCCAGAUCCACAAGCCCAACUUUCAGCAAACAAACAAAUAGAGUCAACUGGGAUAGCUUUAAAAUACUGAGUGCAGCACCUGAACUCAGGUCAUCAGAGAAUUGUGCCUCUAUUCCUUUCAGUUUCAAAACAGAAAGGAUGAGAAGUAAAAGUGUUUUGCCAUUCAGUGAUAAAUGUGAAUCUUCAAAUUUGACACUAAACACAUCAUUUGGGUCAUGCUCUCAAUCAGAAACCAUUAUUUCACCAAUAAAGAUUGAUGCUUCUCUUACUAAAAAUAAUGAUUCCAAACAUCCAAUCUGCAGUGAAGAAACCGUGGAUCCACAUAUUGAAUUGUCUCUAGUAAGUGAAGAAGCUAAAUAUUCCACUCCAAAUAGAGCUUUUGAAACCGAAGAAGAUGAAUCUAUCUAUUUUACUCCUGAACUUUAUGAUCCUGUAGAUACAGAUGAAAAAAAUAAUGACCUAGUUGAAACUGAAAGAGGCAAUAUAUUGGCUAAUAAUUCAAAUUGUGUUUUAGCUGAAAACCUUUUUGAAACUAAAACUGUGGAAGGAGUGGAUUCAGUUGGUGAAAUGAAAGCGGAGACUUGCACGAAGUUGAAUGGAAUCAUGCCUGUUAAAGAAAAUAAAAUUAGCAACAUUGAUGGUAAUGCAGAUACAACUUGGAUAAAUUAAUUGGAAAACUCAUGAAGUGGAAAUAAAGAACUUUAAAUAGUCUCCUUUCAAAAGUAAAGGUGUAUUCCCUAGUGUUCAGUAAUAAUACUCUCAACCUGUAAAAAUAUGUCGUCAUACUUAUGUUAAACUCUAUUAUAAGUAAUAGUUUGUACAUAGGAUAAGUAGGGUACUUUUAAAAUUUUUUAAAAUAUAUUUUUCACUUUAAUUCAUUGUCAUCAGAUUUUUCAAUCUAUUUUAUGUUCAGAAAUACAAGCUUUACUAUUUGAUAAAAUGAUCCAUACAAAAUAUUUUCCUCCAAAUAUGUCUUUAAAAGCUAAGUGCAGUUUAAAAUUAAUCAAUCUGAUAGCUAUUUAGAGUUUUCUAUAGCACUUCCAAUUAUAUAAAUAUUCAUAUGUUGUGAUUCUCUUCAUCCAUUUGUUUUCAUACUGGUACAUAAUAGAAAAGUCUAGCAUACCUCAGCCAUGUUUCACUGUAGAUUUUACUCAAAUCUGUCUCAAAUUUUUUUUAAAAUCACUUUUGUCUUGAAAAAUUUAUUCCCUUAUUAAACUGCCUACCUAUAAACAAUUAAGAGAAAUUAAAGAAAAAAGCAGUAUAAUUUUUAAUUGAAACUAUUCUACUUUUUUGUUUGAUAAACCUAAAAUCAAACAUGUUAUAAACAAAGUUAUGUAAAAUUAAAGAAUGCCAAGUGAAGUACUCCAAAGUUUUAAUUCUAAUCAUUUUGCUUCAUCAUCAUUGUGGAAAAUAAGCGAUAUGUUCUGGCAUAAUGCCUUAGUUAUACAAUUAUUAAGAUAGAAAACUUCAUAUAUAAAUUUGAUAAGCAAACCCACACACACACACACACAAAUAUAUAAAU